GUCACGUUUUCAAAAAUUAUGAUUUAGUUCCAUUUGAAGAUUUGAUAAAUUGAUAAAAAUCGAAACCAAGUUGUGACUUUGGCUCAAUUUUGAAAACACGUUUUCACAUUUAACUUAAAAGCGUGAUUUAUAAUUAUGUCUGCCAAAAAAAAAAAAAUUCCCAAACACCACCAAAUUCAUAAAAUAUCUAUCUACACAUUUAUCAGUCAUUUCAAAGUCGUACCAUCCACGCCGAUCACUCUGUUCUUUCAUCCACGCCGAUCUCUCUGUACUUUCUCUCUCCAGAUCUGCCGUCGAUCCACACCGAUCCGUCGGCGUCAUAACUAGAUCUGAACCACCGAUCCUCCCUCUUUCUUCAUCUCCCAUCGUGAACCACCAAUCUGAAUCAGAUCGUGAACCGUUGACUUCGCAGAGAACUCCGUCGCCGGCGGUGGUGUUGAUCGGAGGUGCGGUGUUGAUUUAGAUUUGCAAGCUUACAUAGGCCUACACAAAAGGCUACCAUCUGGUAUUAGAGUUUUUGGUUUGUGGAAGGAAGAUCAGCCAGAAGGUAGAAAAUAUCCUUAAGAAUUUGUACUCCCAAACAUAUUUUUACAUCCCCAUAAUGGGAAUUCCUAUGGUGCGGCGUCCUACUUUUGACGGUGACGACUACAAGUAUUGGAGUGAGAUGAUGCAAGAUUGGCUUUUGUCUCUGAAUUUGUGGGAUAUAGUAGUGGGUGUGUACGACGAGAACAACAGGGAGAAGCAAAACCAGAAUGCUGUAGCUCUUAGUAUAAUCAUGCAAAGCGUCUUGCCCUCAAUCCGUCCAAAAAUCAAGGAUGCUACAAAAGCGAAAGAAGCUUGGGACAUUCUCAAAAAUGAAUAUCAGGAACCAACUCUGCCUCUAAAUAUGACACCCUUAAUACACAUGGACAUGAGGCGAACAAGUGAAAUCCAUUUGCUAGUGGCUACGCUUGUAGCAACUGUGACCUUUACAGCUGGUUUCACGAUACCCGGUGGCUACAAUGGCAACGAAGGCCCAAACCAAGGCAUGGCCAUUCUAGCAAAAGAAGCAGCUUUCAAAGCUUUUGUGGUAACAGAUACCAUAGCCUUGUCAUUCUCUAUUUCUGCAGUGCUUCUCUACUUCUAUUCAGCUAUUACUUCCAGCCCCCGUAUGCGAAACAACCAAAUUGUUAUGGCUGCUAAUCUUGUUAUGUAUGCUAUGGUUGCAAUGGUAUUGGCAUUCAUUACAGGGACAUAUGUUGUGUUACCACAUUCAUCAGGGCUUGCUAUUUCAGUUUGUGUUAUUGGUUGCCUUCCACUCUUCAUUUUCCUCAUUUUCGUCAUUAUCAGCGCCAUUGAAUGCAUAAAUCGCCGUUGUUAAACAUCUUUACAAGAUUGUUGUUGGUAUUUGUUGAAUUGUAAGCUUGAAGAGCCUUCACCAGAGCCUUCGCCACCAUCUAUCAGUGUGUAUUUGAAGGCUACAUAGUCAAGAAUGAAGUUUGAAGAACCUUCAGGAAAUAGGAGUUCAAUUUGAUUUUGGUUUGCUACUGUGUGUUUUUUCUUGUGUUUAGACUGUUUGUUUACAUUCUGAGAUUAGUCUAUAAAUAGAUUGAGAGGUUACCUAUUUGAUAAGAGUGUGGGAGAAAGAAAAUAAGAGAGAGAGAGAGAGAGAGAGAGAGAGAGAGAGAGAGAGAGAGAGAUUUGUAAUAUAUGCUCUGUUUGUAUUUUCAGAAAUUUGUGAGUGAAUUUAAAUUAAGUUUGGUUCAGUGUUAAUCAUUUAUUUGUGAAUCA